GUGUAUGGCGUCUGCUAGUCUAUUGCGUGUGUGGGAGGGAAUGCGAUGGCGGUGAAGCAAAACUGAGGAAGUUUAGCGAAAAGAUGCCUCGCAUUCCAAGUUCAGUUUUUCGGAGCAUAAAAUAUGAAAUUCAAAAACAUUCAAGGAAUUCUGUUUGCAAUUUUUUCUCACAGCUUACAUUUCCGACAAGAGAAAGAUGUUUUGUCUUAGGGAUCGAGACGAGUUGCGACGAUACGGGGUGUGCAAUUGUUGAUAAUAAAGGAAAAAUUCUCGGUGAAGCCUUGCAUUCCCAGCAGCAAGUGCACCUCGAUUUUGGUGGAAUAAUUCCACCAGUUGCAAAAAAGUUACAUCAGGAGCACAUUGAAAAAGUUGUUCAGGAUGCUUUGAAAGCAUCACAUUUGAAUAUGGAUGAUAUUGAUGCUGUAGCAGCUACUGUUAAACCUGGACUUCCACUUUCACUGGUAGUUGGAAUGAGUUAUGGAAAGGAGUUAUGCAGAAAAUUUGCUAAGCCAUUCAUACCAGUGCAUCACAUGGAAGCUCACACACUCACAAUACGCAUGAUUCGGAAGGUUGAUUUUCCCUUUUUAGUCCUUUUGAUAUCAGGUGGACAUUGCUUGCUUGCAAUUGCUCAGGCUGUUGACAAAUAUUUAUUGCUGGGACACAGUAUAGAUGAUGCACCAGGUGAAGCAUUGGACAAAACAGCAAGACGUUUAAAGUUACGAAAUAUUCCUGAAUUUUCAAAGCUCUCAGGAGGACAGGCUAUAGAGAAAGCAUCUGAAAGAGGCAAUCUGCUUGCAUUUGUCUUUCCCAGUCCAAUGAGUGACUAUAGGAAUUGUGAUUUUAGUUUUGCUGGUCUUAAAAAUGUUGUUACCAGGCACAUUCUCCGUGAGGAAGCUGAGAAUGGUACUGAGGGGGAUCAAUUAAUCCCAUCUGUAUUUGAUUUGUGUGCCAGCUUUCAAUUUGCAAUUGCACUUCAUCUCUGCAGAAGGGUGCAAAGAGCUAUGGAAUUUGUGGAGCAAAAUGACUUGUUACCACUCAAUAAUCGAACCCUGGUUGUGUCUGGAGGUGUUGCUUGUAACAGAUUCAUAGCUAAAAUGUUACAAGUGGUUUGCAAUGAGAAGUCUUAUCAACUAGCUAUCCCCCCACCAAAGCUGUGUACAGACAAUGGCAUUAUGAUUGCAUGGAAUGGCAUGGAACGGUGGCUCACUAAUGCUGGCAUUGUCAAUGAUCUGGACUCUGUCAAUAUUGAAGCAAAGUGUCCAUUAGGCAAGGACAUCAGAGAUGCAGUUGCAGAAGCCAGUAUAAAAUGCAAGUGGAUUAAACGCAAAGUUUUCAUUGCAGCAAUUCAAUGAUGUUUGUUUUUCUGAGAUGCCGUUGUAAAUAAAAGUGUCAGUGAUAAUAAAUUUUUUAUUGUUUUA